AUGCUUCACAGAACCUCAUCUUCACGUCGACGGCGCGCCUCCAGAAGUGCAGCCACCUCACCACAAGCAAGGUCUCCGAGAGCAUCAGCACUGCCGUCUCGACGGGCCUCCUUAGCAGCCACGGAAACUGACGAAGAAAUGGAGCCAACUCCACCUCCACAAAGAAGCCCACGAGCAAGCCUCGCACCAGAUGUCGCGGUUGACUAUCACCGGAGCCCACGACACUCUUUGGUCCCUGAAGUUAGAUCAGCCAGAAAUUCCAUUACACCAGAUACAGUUUUACAACCGAGAAACACUUUGGGACCUUCUAGGAACAACUUAGCCGUCGAUAUGAACUACGGAUCGAGACUAAGCUUAAAUCCUCAAGACUUCAAUAGAAGUCCAAGAAACAGUAUUACUCCAGAUGCCACAGCUAGAAGCCCGAGACGAAGUUUAGUGCCAGAGGGUACGUCAUGGAACCAGCCUCGUAACUCUUUGGUGCCAGAUAUCGGUAGAAGUCCUCGCCACUCGGUAGCAAGUAUUCAAAUAGACCCAGCUCGAAGUCAGAAAGAUUUAGGUCCAAGUCCACGGACAAGUCCACGAGGCAGUAUAGGACCAGAAGCCGCAUUAAAAAAAGAAAUACAGGAAAUGAAUAGGAGUCCCAGGGGCUCUCUGAUUCCUGAUUCUCAACGAAGUCCUCGAGGAAGUAUUGCACCGUCAGAGAGGAGUGCGCGGGGAAGCUUAGUGACAGGUGAAGGUGAGGCAAGUAGGAUAAGCCCCAGGGGAAGCCUGACGUUGACGUUCCAAGAGCCUUUGGUGUCAAGAGAAAGACGAGCCAGUGAAGACAGUCAGACAGCAGGCACUCGUGGAAGGAGCGUGUCCCCCUAUAGAUCUUCGGUGGUUGGCAGGCAGACAGGUACUGGUGCUCCUUCAGACCCUGGCUCACGACGGGCCUCCAGCUCUGUAAGUCAGGUGUCAGGUGAUGAGCAGCGUCGUCUUUGCGGUGAGCAUGCCAAGUAUAGUGACAGGAGUGGCCUUGGUCUUGGUAUGGGCCUCACAACGUAUGGCUCUGUGGCCUACCAGCUCAAAGAUGCGAAUAUGGAAGCCUCUGGAACUGUUGACUUUAUCUGCAGAGCUGCUAAGAUUAUGAAUAGGACUAUUCUCAUGACCGUGUUCCUCGUCUUCCUGUCGACGCUGCCUGUUUUAAUGGUGAUUAUGGGUGUCCACUACAUUCGGGACUGUCCAGCACAGCCUCGAAUACCAGUGUACAUGAUAGUGGGGGGCAUCAUGGGAGGGGCUGGUAUCUGCUGGCUACUGUUCGCGCAGCUGGUCAAUAGAAACUCUAACACUUCAGCCAGCGUCGUCGAGAAGAUUCUCGCAUCUCUACUCUCAAUAUUUCUGCUCGUCUGGUUUGCCUUUGGCAAUUACUGGACUCUGCAAAUCAUGUGGCCGGACUACGCCCCGACGCUGUUCGAGCCAAACCAGUGGUGUCAUAAGACGUUGUACGUGUUCUCGCUGACUCAGCUGGGCGUGGUGUGGGGUCUAAUGGCCCUGGUCCUGCUACUACUGCUAGCCCUCGCAGUUUGUCAGGUAAUAGCCCAGGUGUUCGGCUGCGGCUGGUUGGGGCCGCCAAGAUACAAGUAGCAACGGCGCAGCGUCGUGCUCGAGUUGUGGCACAGAAACAUCAAUAACACUAUGGACGUUGCGGGCGCUCUGCUGCCCUUCACACAAGUAGUGCGGCCUGAGCUCACCAUCCACGUACAGGAGGUGCUCACUCAGGCCGACAAGGAAGCAGACGGCUCUAAGCCCAGGAAUACGAUCCCAGAAAUAAACGAACCAAGUGAUAAAGAUGAUGAAGUGAAGGGUCCGUUAACUAGAAAUGUUGACAACCCUAAAAGUGUAUAUAUUAACAAAAGUGCUAACGACAAUGCUAGUCAAAAGUACAGUGACAAAAGUGCUAAUGGUAAGAAUAGUGAAGUAAGAAGCUGCGAUGUGGUGACAAUGAAGAAUCCAAGGAAGGGCAGCCCCGCCUGAUGGUUGUUGGUCGUGCUGCCAUCGCACGGCAAGAAGCAUGUACAUUUCGAAGCGACAGAUAAGAUAUAUUACUUCUGAAUACUCACGGAUGAUCUCUCACUGUCGAGCUAAAUGUCGAACUAGUUUGGUGUUUCGUGUAAAGUAUAUUCAAUUUACCUUGACUCCCUUGUUAAACGAAGACAAAUUAGGAGAAUGCCUUCAACAAAAAAGUAUUUCAUUAAACUAACAGAUCUAAUAUUGUUCUUGAAUGCAAGCUAAAACAUUUACCCAUCUCUCAAGCAUUCGUACAUUACGAGAACCUUUUAAAUCAUACACUCUACAAUCUAAAUAAAAGCCGAAAAGAAACCCUAUGUGACUGACAGCUGAAACCUAGGCUUAGCCAAGAUUUUUCUGUACUUUGCAUACAGUAUCACAUUUCCAAGGAUUUAGAGUUGAAAAUCCUUUGUACUAUUUAGUUGUUCGAUAUUUACGCUCGCCAGUGUACCGUUGCUUUGUCAGUGCUUGU